CCCCGCCACAGAUUAUCAUUUCCCGUGUCAUCGAUCGAUUGAAGACCCUUUUGCUCCUACAUAUAAGCGAUCCACAAGCAGAUUCACAGUUCCACACACCCCACGGGCAAGCCAACUCUGCGCGCUGAAUGAACUGAGCGCGCAGCUGAAGACAACGUAUCGACGUAAGUCAUGGCGGCCUCUGGCAAUGGCAAUGGCAUCGGCGCGGAGGAGCAGGAGCUGCCGCUGUUCCAGCACCCGUCCUCCCCGUGCGCCUACUACGUGCAGAGCCCCUCGGCGGCGUCGCACACCCUCAGCAGCUGCCACCCGGCGUCCGAGUCCACCUGCACGGCGCUCAUCCUCUCCCCGUUCCCCGACGCCGCCGCCCGCCAUGACCAGGAGCAGGAGGCCUCCCGCCUCGCGCUGCUCUCCCGCUACUCCUCCUCCCGCGGCUCCAACAACUCCUUCCUCCUCACCGACAAGAGUACCACCAAGCCCCCCGCCGCCAUCCCCCGAAACAACAACAACAACAACCGCCGGCAGGUUCUCCGGGUGCUCUCCGCCGGGCGAGAAUCCGCAAGCGACGACGAAGACGACGAGGAGCGGAACAGGAGCGGGGCGUGGAGGUACGUGAAGCUGGACCCGGAGGCUUCCUGCUGCUGCAUCGCGUUCCAGGUGGCGUGGCGGGUGGGCAUCAGCCUGGCGGUCGCGCUGCUCGUCUUCGUCGCGGCCACCAGCCCUUCCCGCCCCGGCGUCUCCUUCAAGGUCGGGAAGGUCGAGCGGUUCAGCCUCGGGGAAGGCCUCGACGGCUCCGGCGUGAUCACCAGCUUCCUCGACUGCAACUGCUCCGUGGAGAUGGCCGUCGAGAACCACUCCAGGGUCUUCGCCCUGCGGCUCCUCCCUGACGACACGCUGCUCCAGAUGUCCUUCGGGAGCUUCGCCUUCGCGGCCUCACGAGGGGUGGAUCAGCAGGGGCCGGGCGAAGAUUUUGUUGUUGGGCCGGGAGCCAAGUCGACGGUGAGGCUCUUCGUGGCGGCCAGGGAGAAGCCCAUGUACGCGGCGGGCCGUGGGAUGCAGGACAUGCUCGAGUCAAAAGAGGGCGCCGUGCCGGUGGCCAUCACGGUGAGGGCCCGGUCGAGGUACCGCGUGGUGGGGAGCCUUGUCAGGCUCACGUACCGCCACGACUCCCGGUGCGUCGUGUACCUUAGGAGGAGGACGCCCAGGAGGGACGACGCCCUCGCCGCCGCUGGCGCCGCCACCUGCUCCGACGCGACUUCAUAAUUAGCACUGCGCUGAACUGCACGCAGUCUGGUGUGUGCGAGACUGCGAGCAGUAUAUAUACAUCUUGGUUGAGGAUUUGCCCAUUCUCGGGAAAUGUUUCAGUCACGUGCGGGAAAUGGAUUUUGUGGUUGGCUUUGGCUUGUGCAAA